AUGUUUCCGCCUUUUCACCAAUAUGAAGCCAUGGAGCUGCCUUCAGAGACUCCAAUUACGGUAAGGGUCCUCUACCAUUAGGCCUGGCUUACCUAUCAGUCUUUCCACUAAAGAAUUAGACAAAAUCGCAAACCCCAAUUUGGAGGAAUCGCUGUCGCGCCCAGAAUCGGGGGACGUCGCGCGACAUUCAGCGAGUCGUGCGACAUUCGCUUGCACCCUGCGACAUCGAAAGAGGAAUCGCAAUAUGGUGCAAAACCUUGCGACAAGUUCUCGCAUCGCGGUUUAAAGGGCGAUGCGACAGCGUGUCGCGAUUGUCGCAACGCUCAAGCCACCACUGUGUUCAAUGGAAGGUUUGCGACAAGAUUUUUUUGAUUGUCGCAAGUCCCCUGACUCCUGCGACAACCGAUCAGUGCGACAACUGGGGGCAUGCACUGUGCAUCCUUUCUCUUAUCGUUUGGGGCUGCAAGCGAUCGCGGAGGAAUCUGCAUGGUGCAGUUGUAUAAAAAAGAGCGCGAUUUUCCCAGGGACAGUGCGAUUUUCUAACAUUCUUUUCCGGACAAACUGAUAUUAUAUGAACAGAAAUUACGUAUAAUCAAUGUAAAAUAAUAGAUGAAGUGAUUAAAAAUAAAUUUGUGUUCACCUUAUAAAGUUUAGGUAAAGAUGUGCAAGUUGAGGCUACACUCAUCAGGAGUGUUUAGCAAUGUCUAUCGUGGAACGUUAUUAGAGCCUCUGCCAAAACGUGAAGUAGCGGUCAAAAAGACGUGGCCUGAUCCAGGCCAAGAUGGCCACAAGAACUUCGAAGUUGUCAUGCUAUUGGAGCUCUCCAAAGAAAAGCAUCUGAACAUCGUGCAGGUCUUGUUCUCCUUCAAAACAAAAGCCCCAGAUGGACGGGUAGGUUUGAAUGAAUUUAUAACUAGACAGUGAACACAAUAGAUGAGCUAAAAUAACAUUUUGUUACAGUAUUGUGAAAGUAUGAUAUUCGACUUUAUGCCAGCCACAUUACAUUCCCAAGUCAAAUCGCUAGCCCAUCCAUUAAACAUCGUUGACAUCAAGAUCUACACUUGGCAACUCUUCUACGGUCUCUAUUUUUUAAUGAAAGUAAGUUGUCAUUUACCACAAUAUCUUUUUACAUACUAUUUUCAGAAGCGCAUAUGUCACCGUGACAUCAAGCCCCAGAACAUUCUGAUAGACCCGGAACAAGGAAUGCUCAAGAUCGGUGAUUUCGGAUCUGCCAAAAUCAUGAAGCCAAACGUUGAAUCCACGGCGUACCAAGUUACUCGCUUCUACCGUCCUCCCGAGCUACUUCUCGACGCUGUAUAUUACUCACCAUUGGUAGAUGUCUGGUCAGGUGGAUGUGUGUUGGGGGAGAUGUUGAGAGGGCAUGUUCUCUUUCCCGGGAGAGAUACCAAACACCAGCUCCGAUUGGUAAUCGAGGCUCUUGGAUCACCGGGCUGCGAGGAACUGCUGUCCAUGAGAUCGUGCACUCGCCUCGAUGGAGGACAGGUAUUGCCAAGAGGAUUCACUCAUGUAAGCAUGGUUUUCUCAUUGAAGACUAGUAAUCCUUUGAAAAAUCAUCAAAUCGACAAAGAAUUGGCGGUGAAUCAUUUUGAUAAAAUACGGUUUUAGCUACUCAACGUUCCAAAAGAGCACAUAGAGUUCCUGUCGAAGAUAUUGGUAUACAAUCCCAAAUCACGACAUCAUGGAGCACCGUUACUUACAGACGUCUACUUCAACGAGUUGUUCACGGCAAACAAAAAGAGAACCAACGGCAAAUUCGUGAACGACAUUCCCUCCUUCAAAGAUAUGAUCGAGUUUGGGUAAGCUUAAUAACACGAGACGGUGUCUAACUGACAGCCUUUUACUAUUUCGAUAAACACGUAAACUAUAAUUACAAUGUUGCAAACAAAUCUAGUUACUGCCAAUAACAUUUCAGGCCAAAGCACAGUCAGAAGACAAAGAACCGGAAAAGCACCAAAACCAUGAGCGGAGAACCCCUGAACCAAUCCGUAGACGCUUCAGAUGCCAAUAACUCCAUCGUAAAGCCGAGUGGCAGUAAAGAAGACGAGAAAAAGAAGUCAGGCAUGACGAGAAGACGACGAUCUCGAGAAGAACUUGAAACUGGCGUCGGGGGGAGUCGGGAACAGAUCCGCAUGUCCAAAUCGUACCAAAGGAAGUCAAAAGUCGGCUGA